CGCUCGAGCAGAGGGCUCGCGGUAAACUCUGUGAGAGAGGAGCACAGCAUCCAGAGCUUGUUGAAGGUAAAUUGACCUGCAGUGCACUGUUAACAUGGCAGCCUCCGGAGAUAUCCAGGUCAAGGAGCUCGACAAGCGGGCUUCCGGCCAGGCCUUUGAGGUCAUCCUGGGUGCUCCUGCCCCAGACGCCAAGGGCGACUUCCCCCUGUCUCCUCCCAAGAAGAAGGAUGUCUCGCUGGAGGAGAUCCAGAGGAAGCUGGACGCUGCGGAGGAGAGACGCAAGAACCAUGAAGCCGAGGUUCUGAAGCACUUAGCUGAGAAGCGCGAGCAUGAAAAGGAAGUGCUACAGAAAGCUAUGGAGGAGAACAACAACUUCAGUAAGAUGGCAGAGGAGAAGCUCAAUCAGAAGAUGGAGGCCAACAAAGAGAACCGCACAGCACUUAUGGCAGCGAUGAACGAGAAAUUCAAGGAGAAGGACAAGAAGUUGGAAGAGGUGCGAAAGAACAAGGAAACCAAAGAGGGCACCGAAGACUGAGAGUGGCAAAGGGGGGAUUGUACAGGGUUUUUUACGUAUCCAAAGAUUGAUUUAUUUUUUGUUUGGCCAGUAUUUUUGUUGUGUUCACUACCCAACUUUUUGAAAUGAAGUUCCACUUUGUGAAUUUUUCAAUUCUCCUGCUAUAAGUGUACUUGCGCUGGUUUUAACAUGUGGAUCAUUUCCCCCACUUGUUGAGUCUGUUCCAUUUGAUAUGUAGCUUGUCAAUGCAGCUUCUGCCCUUUUUCAAGAUUAGCAGUGUGUACUUAUCCUUUUUGAGGAUGCAUGUUUCUAUGCAUAGGUCUUUUAUCCCUGCCUAUUUCAUAGUGCAUUUUGAAAAAUGUCCCUGUGAACCACACCUGUUCUCUGCACUUACUGUAUAUUAAAAUAAUAAUGAUAAAAAAAAAA